GAAGAAGAAGAAGACGAAUAAUAAUAAUAAUAAGAAGAAGAACAGGAAGAACUGAAGGAAGAAGAAGCGUCCAUGUGUUCUAACUCUAACAUUAAAACUUAGAAGAGAAGUAGAAAGUUUGGUCUUUGUUUUGGUUUUAUCAGCCAGUUAUCAUGCCUAACUUCAAAACAGUAGUUUGGCCUAAAGUGAUUUUAUUUGGGGACUCCAUCACACAGUUUUCAUUUCAAGCCAGUGGUUUUGGUGCAGAAAUUGCAGACAAACUAGCAAGGAAGUGUGAUGUAGUAAACAGAGGAUUCUCUGGCUACAACUCCAGAUGGGCUAAGAUAGUUCUUCCUCGCCUCAUCAACAACAGCCCAAACUCAGCAGACAACAACAACAACAUAGCUGCUGUCACUGUCUUCUUUGGAGCCAACGACUGUUCACUGGAAGAUAAAAACCCCCAACAGCACGUCCCUCUGCAGGAGUACGCCGAGAACCUGAAGGAGAUCACCAGCUAUCUGGCUUCAGCUGGAGUGUCAGCAGGCAAAGUUAUCUUCAUCACCCCUCCACCUCUUAAUGAGCGUGCCUGGGAGAAGGAGUGCAUUUUGAAAGGAUGUCCUCUCAAUCGUUUCAACUCUUCAGCGGGGCAGUAUGCGCAGGCGUGUGUCCAGGCUGCCAGUCAGUGUGGUGCAGAUGUCCUGGACCUCUGGACGCUGAUGCAGAAAGAUGGAGUGGACUACUCAGUCUAUCUGUCUGACGGGCUGCAUCUCUCACAGAAGGGAAACCAGUUUGUGGCUCAGCACCUGUGGGGGCUGUUGGAGAGUCGUGUGGCCGACCUGCCCUUCAUCCUUCCUUACUGGGGAGACGUUGACACCAAGAGUCCCGAGAGCAGUCUACUCUGUGACCAGUGAAGGAGAGAGCUUUGGAAAAUAUCUUCAAGAUCUUACGGAGCUGGAUAUUCUGGGGAGAUCAACAGCUACCAGCACUCCCUUUUUAUGCACUUAUUGGAAAUUUCCAGGUGAACUGAGAGCCUGACACUGGACUGCAUUCCUGCUAUGAAACAAUAAAGAAGCUGUGAUUUGGUUUUUGCCAGUAUGUCAAAUGCGA